CAGCUCGUCCCUGCGAAGAACAACCCGCCACCCUUUCAUUGACUCCCGGUCUAGAAGCCCGUGGAAGCUUGCAUCGUCGCAUCCUCCUCAACGUCUAUAUAAUUUGCCUCACAAUCUACCGAACCCUGAGUCAUCCUCGGUCGCGAAAAACCCGCCGUCAUCGUCCGUCCGCCAGCCCUGUCCUUCUUACACACGCGAACCCAGUCUGCCAUCCAACCAUCCGAGUUCUGUCGCCACCGCGGGAUGGAGAGCUAGGGAGAUGGGCCAUCCGUGCCAGGAAUACUAAUGGAAUCAUGGCGGGAGCGAGGCUUUGUACCGGACUCAGACUCGGAGGACGGGUUCGAAAGCCAGGAGACGCUCAAUUCCCGCAAAGAUGACGAGCAUAGUGUCGGAGGAUCCGCGGUUGCUGCUGCGACCUCGGCUGGUGUCGUAGCCAACACACGACUUGACGGAUCUCAAAACAGAGGUACAGACCCUCUGCAGGAACCGACCGGCAGCACUCGAGGCCAUUCGCCGACUCUUGGUUCGAUCGAUGAAGAUGGCCCCCCGCUCGAUCACCUUGGGGACGAACCCUCGCCGCCCGCCGAUCGUUCGUACGAGGAAGCACUGCCGCACCAGGCGGCAGAUGAGAAUGAGGAGAAUACCCCUCGCGCCCGCGGGAAAUUGGCUGAGGGGGAUAAGGCCUUGAAAGAUGCGCAUGGCAGCGCCUCGUCGACGCCACGGGCACCGGAGAAAGCGGGAUAUCGGGAUAUUUCCAGCUCUGAGGAUGAAUUGCAGUUUGAACACAUGCGUUCCCGAAAGCCAGCCCGGGUGUAUACUCGAGUCAAGCGUGUUAGUGAACCGCAACAGCCGGAAAUGGACUAUGAUAUUUCAACACCGUCGUCGCCUCUGUCUUCGCUUGAUUCUUUGCGUCUGGAGGAUGACGAUGAGCACGAUCACGCGGAUGAUAUUGCUGGGGAUCUUGACGGUCAGACACGGCAAGGAGAGGAGACGUCCAACAUCCGGACGGCGCUAGAAGAUUUGAUGGAGCUGGAUAUGCCGGAGGAGAAUUUGAUCGAGCAGGAUACAGACCUCCCGCCGCUGGAUAUUCCUGAACACCUACUAGAUGAGCUCUCCCAACCGGCGCGAAGAUCACUUCGAGAGCGCAAAGCCAUUCAAUUGCAUCCUUAUAUGCUGGAGGAUGCGAAGUAUCGAAAUCUUAUGCGUGCGCGAGGAGUCAAACCAGUGCGCGUGGCUCAGCAGGAAAUCAACCGUCUUGCUGCCGAAGAAAGCCAGAACCAGGAUUAUGUCGAUCAAGCAGAACCAAUGUCGGAUAGCCUGGGAGCUGAAUUUGAGUAUUUGCCAUCUUCUCCGCUCGAACCUCGACGUCCUGUCGAGAAAAGAUCCGUCGAAUUGUCUCCCGAGCGCCAUCAUCAUCAGGCCCUACCAGCUCAAUCCACUAACCGCCUCGUGGGCCCUCAUAUAAAGAGGCGGAAGUUGUCCAAAACGCCGAAUGACCAUCAAACUCCUCAAACCAAGGCCCGCUUACAGGUCGUCAUUGAUAACGGUUCAUUCCCCGCACGCCAGGCAGAUGUGCCUGUUUUUGAUAUUCCCAGCCCACCACGCUCUGAGGAUGAUGAUCUAUCCUCUGAAGCAGAACCUUCAAAGACCUUCCGUUUUCCUAGGGGCUUUACACCUGCUUUGAAUACACCUAACGGUCUGGACGAUGGGCAAUCCCCGGCGGCCCCUAGCCCUCUGACAGAGGAAAGGCACGCGGUAGUUAGCGAAGCAGAACAAGAGGAAACAGACAACGAAAAAAACGACGAGGAUGACGCUGCAAUAAGGCGGCGAUACCAACGACGCAUCAAGGGAGUCCUCCCGGCAUCGUGGCUGCGCUCAGCGCAAAGAGCUCAUGAAAGGCUAACGUCGAGAGCGGACGAUUCGAGAGGCGUUGCCAGGAAAAUAAUGAAGAAUCGCGGGGAUGCUAGACCGCCAAGCUCCAUAAAUGCUCUGCGACAGCUUGCCGACUCUGAUAGUGAAGAAGACCCGGAGGAUAGAGAAGCUGACGACGAAACCGCCUCGCGUCAAUUGAUGGCUAGACUAGGACUGGAGAACCCAUUCUUGGAUGAAGACUUGGAUGAUGACAUCCCAGAAGAUAACCGAAUCGAUAACAUUAUCAAAGCCCGAAAGCAUGUGAAAAAGCACACAGGCGUUGCGAUAGAUGGAGUUCCUUCUAAGCUCGUGGGCAAACGGUCUCGCCUCCAAAGACAAGCAAGACUGACGGAUCCCAGAUAUCGGGCGCAGAAGCGAGAGAAGCAAAAGGCCCCAGACUUGCCUAAAAUCGGCGUUUUAGAUGCCCCAGAUGUUGUGGUUGCAGCACGAAAGGCACGUUCUCGCCAGGAUAAGGGAAGGCGAAGCCCCUCUCGGAAGGUCUUCAAGUUAAAUUCACGGGCAGAUACUGAAGAAGCAAAUGUUUCGCUGCGCGAAUGGCGAGCUGGGAAUCUUCGACAAACUCGACUGCCUAAUAUUCAGACUAAACCACCUUCCAAGUCGCAGGCCCAGUCACGAGUUUCCAGAAAGACACAAAGUCUGUUUAGCUCUCGAGCGAGGCCACAGCCUAGCGGAAUCACCACAUCUUCUCUAUUGCCAGCAUAUUUGCCUCGAGGAAAUGAAGCCGGUGUUGAUGAGCAUCGAUCUAAUAUGGAUUCGACUACCCUGCCUCAGAUGCUGAAGAGUGACACCGUGGCCAAGAACAAAAGCCUACCUAAGCGGUCAAAUAACAAAUGGAUUAUUCAAAGGAAUUUCGCAGUAACAUCCUUUACGAGAAACGGUUUCAGGCCUGCCUUAGUUGAGAAAGAGAACCUCGCCGGACGGCCAGUGUCAUCCGUGUCUUUUCAACGAACAUUAUCGCUCUUGAACCGAGACUACCGCGGCCAACACCUUCUUCAAGCGAGACGUGGGAAUUUGCUUAUGGAUAGAUUCAUUUCAAGCCGCAGCUCGACCCCUGUGCCUAGAGACAAGUCAAAUGAGCGCGCCAGUGCCAACAUGCCUGAUAAAGCGGGCGCCAGAACGCUUCCAUUACAAGUCCAGUCACAACGUCGCGAAGCAAGGAAACGUCCGCCAAGGCGCCUGGACAUCAAUGCGUUUCAUGAACAAGAAUCGCAGUCGCAGCUUCAUGAUACUGUAGUUUCGGACUUACACUGGCGAGCGGAGGAUUUACAGCCCACAAGCUGUCCCGUUGGGGCACUUGAAGGUCUGCAACGAACGUAUACCAUUGAGUUCAACAUCACUCCAUUGAUUGCAGGGACUUUCUUCCACGAGUCAACUUUCAUUGGAAGUGGAGAAUUCCGUCGCUCGCUCAAUGUUCUGGCUAGAAACCUUGACAUCGAGGCUGGAUUCUUCACAUUGUAUAUCGAAGAUGAACGUUAUCGAUGGAAUGCUUGGAAUGAUGCCGUAUCCUCCGGCCUCGGAAUUGCCUUCGACAAAAUUGUCGAAGAACUGGAUAGACUCGUCGCUGAAUUAGCGGGUUCUUUCACUGUAAGUAGCGCAAAGCAGGGCUGCAUCAUUUACAGAUCUUUGGUGAAGUACAUUACGGAGAACUUGUCUUUCAUUGACCCUGUUGAUAGAACAGGGUUUGUGAAGCGAGCGCAAAGCCUUGUUUGCAAGGUCAAUGAUACUCUGGCCACGCUAGUUCCGACAACUGAGUCGGAUAUGGAGUACCUCCUGACCAUUUCUACUUACAAUACUGUCUUUGCGAAUGUGAUAUUUCAGAUAGCUGGACAUGAUCUUGUCGAAGGGAGCCUUGCCCAUGAAACGCUGACUUCAAUGAAGCUGGCAUCCAAGCAGGCUGUCUCCAUGAUCGCAAGCGAGUUGGGCCAAUCCAGUAUUCGCAGACUCCUUGGCGACCUCGAAUCUACUGAGCGGCGCGAAGCGGGCAUUCGCUGCGGAAAUUUUCCCGCUGAAGCCUAUGUAAUUGUUCGACAUGUUUUGCGUAACACGGACAUCUUGAAAGGAUAUUUUGAGGACCUUUUAGCGCAGUCCUACACAAUGACUGAUGAGGGAGACGUGAGCAACUCAAAAAAUGUGACUGAACUGGAAGCUGCGUGGCACCGCGUCUUCACGACCUUGCCUUUGAAUGAGUUCGAUGUACGUGGGAUUGCCCAAAUUGGUUCUCGAUUCCGUCAGCAGAACGACAAUUGGCCCGUGAUCAAGAUGCUGUUAUGUCCUGCGCUAGAGAGCUACGAGGCUACUUCUGCGGUGCAACCCGUCUCUUACUACAAUUAUUGCCGAGCCUUGUUCCAUAGAUGUUUCCAUCUCAUUAAUGGCUGGGGCUGGAGAGACUGCAAACCAGUCUUGGAUACGCUGUACGAUUUCUUCGCCAAGAAUACUUUGUACAAUUUGAGACAUGAGGAGAGUUAUAGGUCGCCAGCUUUCCUUGAUGAACUCGAUCGCAACCCUUCACUGGACGUGCAGCCUGGAGAACCAUGCUUCCAUAUAUUGCUGAAGAUCAUUGCAAGUGGACUGAGGUCCUUGUCCAAGUCUUAUGACAAGAGAAAGAUACGGAACUUUGCUUGGCGCUUGUUGCCAAACCAUGGCCGGAUGUAUCCGAAGGAGAAACCAGUUCAACAAACAGAUUUAGACGCGCUGAGAAAUCAUCACGACCUCCUCUGCACGCUAUAUUAUGCCGUUCCUGACGGCUGUCGGCCCCGGCUGGAAACCAUUCGGGAUCUUGUUCAGCCUGCCAGCUCUCAUAGGGAGACUUGCAAUAUAAGUCUUCGUUCCUGGGAUCGACUAGUCCGCUUCAAGCUUUCGACCGAUGAAGAGGUGUCGGGGCUCGAGCCAUUUGCUGACUGGCACUGUUAUUUCGUGACCGAGCUACUCAAGCAGCAUGCGAUGGCCCGUCAAGAAAUUGAGGCGCAAAAUACGGCUGGCAACCACUUCUCGAACAAUUUGGUAGAGAAAACAAUAGCCCAAAACCAGCGACAGAUCGAGUCCUUGCUGAAGAUCGCUCUGAGCAGCCUACAAGGUGCCGUCAGGGCAGCGCCGACAGUACAGCAUGCUCAAAAGCUAGUGUCCAAGAUGCCAGUGAAAGCGCUGCUAGGGCUCUUUAACCCGCAGCUAGCUCGCGUUAAUACAAUUGUUACUGAAACCCUCCUAGUGAUCCUUGCUUAUCUUGACAAAUGCAACGUGUCUCAAGCGCAAGCAUCAGAGGUAGCAAGUGCUCCUGUUGCAGUGGACGACGAUAGUCAAGAGUAUGGGGACUGGACCGAUAUCGAAGCCGUAUACGAUCAGAUUACAACAAUAUCGAAACCUGAAAUCGAGUACGUGGAGCAAGUGUUUCACCCGGCCGUGUCCAGGCUUGUAUCCAACUGCUUCGGUGAAGACUAUUGUCCUGAGGAUGCCAUACUUCUUGGCGCCGUGGAAUGCUGGACCUCUAUCGCACAAACGCUUGCCAAGCACGGACUGCGCCAUUGGGACAGCUAUCUUAGUCCUUACAGUGGCGACUCAUGGUCAGCACUUCGAUCAACCAUGCAAACAAGAAAGUUUACGCCCUUCUUCCUGGCAAGCUGCAUCGAGAAAGACGCCCGGUUUGUUGUUGAAUGUAGGGUUAAUAUACUCGGCAUGUGGAUGGCCAGCUUAGUCGAGAGGGUAGCCCUAUUGAAGUUCCAGCACCGCUUGACGGAAGCCUUGUUGAACCAGGCGGGAGACGACCUUGUGUUGCGCAACUUACCUUUCGCUCUGGACUGCAAGCAGGGACGGUAUUCGCUCACCUUGGAAGAUAUCACUCAGCGUCGCUUGUCACUCAUAUCCAGUCUCUUGUCAAACAUGCGCUCGCACCUGCAAAACCUUGAUGAUGCUGGCGCACGCGAAUACUCGAGCACGAAGCAGGAAUACGGGGAGAUGAUACAAAAAAUGAUGUCCUCGAUGAAAGCCAAUUACCAAGAGCUAGGGAAUGGCACAAAGAGCGUGCAGGGCACCUAUGUUGAUCUCGUCCAUCGGGUGGUUGGGUUCCUUCAACAACACAGCAGAGAUAUAUGCCCUAUUGAUCCAUUUUUCACCGAUCCCGCUUCUUUCCCCCUGCCGUCUGCUGACCCGACGUAUAUUGUCGCAAGAUUGAAGAGCUACGAGCCAAAGAUUUCGUCCGAGAAGGUUGCGAAGACCCUCGUUGUGUUUGUGCAGAGUGUCUCGGAGAGAGCUGCCAUCGAUGGUCAACAGGAUUACCUCGUCAAUCAACUCCAUUCAGCAAUGGCAGAGACCUAUGAAAGAGGCAACCCGGUCAAGCCCACCCUGAGAUCGACAUUGUUGCAGGCUGUAUUUCCAGCUUAUCUCGAAAUAGCCUUCAGUAGCCGGGCAGCUUGGAUUCUAAGUCGCCCGGUUAUCCUGAACAUUAGCCUCGUCUUCAAAAGCCUUCUCUUUAACCUGGACUCUACAGACUCUGCGUGCACUGGAUCAAUUAUGAAUAUCUUUGCCUCCGUUUUUGAGCCAUCGUAUCAUUCAUUGCAGCUUGCUCUUGUUAAUAAUGUGAAUUUGCUCAACAACCCGGCUACAGCAAUCACCGCCGCCUCGUUCUUCGACAUGAUCACAUCCGCCUUGCCCAUCAUUGACUACUUCGAUCGCGGAACCAUAAACAGCCAAGCAGCUGUUGACAAGGUCAUUCUCCAGAUUCGUGCCUUCCGUCAACUCGCUCUUUUUACUCUUUCCCAACUUUGUGGAGAGGACGAACUUCAUCUUUCCGCAGCCACCUCAUCUGGCGAUUUUACUUCGGCGUCUACAACCCCAACCUUCUUCUCCGACCUCCGCCGCAGCGCUACCCGCGAACUGCAGUCCUACAUCCACGAGAACUGGUCCUGUCACCAGGGAAAAUACUACUUCACCCGCCGAGGCGGUCACCAACCGCAAGAAGUCGAGAUGCAACCUGCGGUGGCUGCCCAACUCGAGCAAUCUCCUUUGCUUGCGUUGACAGAUGCGGCUCAUAAAUUCCUGGAUAUAUUAGGAAGACUUGGUUUUGUCGAGGAGGAGGCGGACGAAUGAGGUCUCCUGGUACAGGCCUACGUCUUGGCUCCCUC